AUGCAUGAUUCAGAUACCUCAGAUGGAUCUGUAGAUGUAGAGCAGGAGACCCGACCAGGGGUACACGUGCGUGGGGCGCGAGAUACAACCCAAUUAGCGGCGGACACACACCCUUCCCUGCAAAGUGGACCAUUGAAAUCCCAAAUCAAUGCUGCGCGCUCUUCCAAGCGCGACGAGUCCACCACAGUUUCGCAAGCGGACGACGGUGAUGCCGAUUCGAUAUAUAGUAGUCGAACAAACACGACCAGAUCUGCCACAGCCCCCUCCGCGAACAUCAACGGUGGCCUUCAGCGGCGAAGAACCGGAUCGAAACACACUGGUCAUAAUCCUGGCGACCACCACCGGGGACUGUCGUCUCAUCUCAAGCGUCGCGUGUUGUCAAAAGAAUUCUGGAUGCAGGAUGCAAACGCCAGAGCAUGCUUCUCAUGUGGGCAUAGUUUCUCGACAUUUCGUCGUAAGCAUCAUUGCCGGAUGUGCGGACAGAUUUUCGAUAGUUACUGCACAAAUCUGGUAUCUGGUCGUCCUUUUGGCCAGGUGAACACUAUUCGCCUUUGCAAACCUUGCGAAACUAUGGCGUUCGCUAGCGAUGACGACGAUGAUGAUGACUCCACCGUUUACUCCGAUGAUGGCGAAGAGCAGGCCCGAAACGCGGGAACGCUGGUUUCCCCACGAAGAAGCAAUCAGUCGAAUCCGAAUGCCGACGGUCCAGCUUUCAGCGGGAUAGAUUCAGAGGUCGCCACUCCUUCCAUUGGCAUUCCUGUAUCGCGUAGAAAUCGUGAGGCCAAACGUCGCUCGGCCGUGAUAGAAUUUGAUACACACCCAACACUAGCACGCCCAAGUUCUGCUCAUUCUUUGAUAUCCCUGAGUCGUCGGCCUAGAUCUUCAAGUCAUCGACGGCGACAUUCUAGGCAUAUGGUCCCUAGCCGUGGCUUCCGGUCUAGCAUCGACGAGCGUGUUCCGUUCCAACAAGGACUUCAAGAUGCCAACACCCCUCUCCCGGCAUUUCACAAUGAUAAUGUCAUCGACCCUGACCUUGCCGCUUUUCUUUCUGACGAUGGCUCGGAAGAUGACGAGACCCCGAGUAUCAUGGCUGCUGUGAGUGCAGGGGGAUCAGCAUCGCUCAAUGAACGUGAAAGGCUCGGGUUCGGAGGUCUAUUCACGUCAGGAUCGAAGAAGGGUCGCUCAAGAGGAGAGACCACGGGGUCCAGCACGCGUGGUGUGAAGGAAGAUGACGCCCCGGCACAUCAUGCCAAGAAGCUUUCCAGACAUCGCCAUCAUAGUCGCAAUAACUUAUCAGCUACGCUCGAGAUCGAUCCUGUCGAUUUGCGCCGCCCGCGUACGCCAGAGAGACCUGCGGGCUUCAACACAGCAAAAGUGGUCCGCAGCUCAGCCUUGCGUGGUGAGAAUUCCCCAUCUGUACAAAUGAGCCCUGCCAGUCUCCGUCACGUCAAGAAUCUGCUCGCACAACUCAUUGAUGAUUCUGGAAUCGCGUCGCCACGAGCGUGGGAAAAAGCCCUGCUUCCCAUUCUCCUGCAGUGUACGCUUGAUGUGGAGCCCGAUGUACAACAAGGUGACGAUAUGGACAUUCGUCACUAUAUCAAAUUGAAGAAAGUCCCGGGUGGCAAGCCUGCUGAUACCAGCUACGUCUCCGGCGUAGUCUUCAGCAAGAAUAUCGCCUUGAAGACAAUGGCGCGAUCCAUCAGCCAUCCUAGAAUCUUGAUCGUCACUUUUGCUAUCGAAUACGCGCGACAUGAAACCCACUUCAUGAGCUUAGAUCCUGUCAUAGCACAAGAGCAGGAGUAUCUUCAGAAUCUCGUCAAUCGAAUAGCAGCUUUACGUCCCAAUGUUCUUCUCGUGCAGCGGCACGUGUCUGGAACGGCUUUGAAACUGCUCGAGCGAGCAGGCAUCACUGUCGCAUACAAUAUCAAGGAGUCUGUGCUGGCCGCAGUCGCGCGAGUCACACAAACGACCCUCGUUAAGUCCAUCGACAAGCUUGGCAUCAGUCACAACACCUUUCCUGAAUGUGAUAGUUUCGACGUCAAAACCUAUGUUGCGGACGGCAAUCGUCGAACAUACAUUUUCCUAUCUGGGUGCCAGCCCGACCUUGGUUGCACAAUUGUGUUGCGAGGUGCAGAUACAGACUCGCUCCGGAAGAUCAAGCGCGUGACGGAAUUCAUGUGCUAUGUUGCGUACAACCUGAAACUGGAAGACUGGCUUAUGCGCGAUAGCAAUAUCGCAAUUCCUCUGGAUGCCGUAUCGUGUCAGCUCACAUGCCGCACACCCCACGGAGAUCAAGGUCUUCAUCCCGAAUUUAACGAGAAAGAAUCACAGGACGCAGAACCCGCUGCUGCACGAGAACGUCCAAAGGAGUCAUCGGAGAAGAAGACGAAUUUCACAUACGAGCUGAUCGAGAAAAGAAAUAGGUCGAAGCUUCUCUCGGCGUCACCUUUUGUGACGUUUGCGCAGCCGUAUCUUUUGGUCCAGUUGCGGGAGCUGGAGCAAAAUCUUGCAAGGUAUCGAGCACUGACAGAGCAGUACGCACCUCAUGAAAGUGAAAAGGAUGGCGCGACAGAGGAGGUUGAUGAUGCUUUCGAGCUCGUAAAACCGGAGACCGUCAACACACCGUCUUCUCACACUAAAUCUAAAGCAAUUCGCGAAUACCUGCAUGCCGUCCACCAGGCACGGCUCGAAAAGGCUGCGUACACCUUUCAGAUUCAAGAACGACAGUGGGACUCUUUCAUGAAUAGUGAUGGGAUUGACCCUUAUGAUCCAUUCUGGCACCAAAAGAUUGUCGUGCUCUUCUCUCUGGUAUCGAGCAUCACAUCUGCACCGUGCUCGGGGCCAGAAAUUCUUGGGAUCGUUUACUACGCUGGUUUCGGACGUGCACAAGAUAAUCAAGAUGAAGACAUGCCGCUUGGACAAUAUGUCGAAGACCUUUGCUUAGCUGCAAGCUCUACUUGCAAGGAUUGCGAUAAGAAGAUGUACGAUCAUCACCGACAGUACGUGCAUGGCUUCGGACAAUUGACAGUCUCCAUUCAACGGCAAGCGUCCAACAAAUAUGGUGGUAGCGACAUUAUUUGGAUGUGGUCUGUUUGUCGCGUCUGCCGCCACGAGACAUCACAUACGCAGAUGUCGUUACAUACUUGGAAGUAUUCCUUUGCGAAAUACCUCGAGCUUAGCUUCUGGAGCAAUCCACUGGGACCUCGCAACGGCUCCUGUUCACAUGACAUGCACAAAGACUACUUGCGAUACUUCAGCUUCCGUGGUAUGGUGGUGCGCUUCCGAUACGACCCUAUCGCUAUUUACGAUGUCGUUGCACCGAGAGCGCUAGUCACGUGGGCAGUAGAGACAGACUUGGUUAUGAAGAAUGAACAAUAUACGCAACUGGAACAGCGUCUGGUGUCUUUCACGGAUUCGAUCAGAAAGCGCUUAGACUCGAUCAACAUUGAUACUCUGGAUGAGAAAAAAGCAGCAGAAGCCCACAACUUACUCGACGAGCUUCGUGAGCGUGCAGAAAAUGACCACGACGAACUUUUGCAGAAAUUGCGACAACAAUACUCCCAGUCACGAUACUACGAGCUGGUCCCGUUGAAUCGAGCCUUGCGUCUCAUGGAUGAAAAGGCAAUUGGUUGGGAUGAAGCUUUCAACAACUUCGAGCGAGACUACUUUCCUUCGGAGACUGAUAUCAGAAAACUUGCGACCAUUCAGUUGCGCAACAUGUUUCUCGAGUCUCAACCACAGCCGACACGAGCCAAUAGUGAGAGCGAUGCAGAAGAAGGCGCCGAAACGCCCAUUGCAGAAAAGCCACGGGAACGAUUGGCAUCUUCAGCCUCGGGAGACGCUCUGACAGCAAAGACGGAAGAAGUGCUGUCUUCGGCUGUAGAAGAACAGAAAGCUGCGGAGAAAAUUGCUGCUGACGGUUCUGAAGCUGGAGUGGUUCCAGAAGUACCUGUCGGUAGCGAUCCCGCACGGACUACGUCUCCGCGCAGGGAGCUCGAGGAGGCUGUCGAGCGCGAAGAUGUCAAACAUCUAGACCUUGCAGUGCCUUACUGGAAUAACGAUGAUGGCGGUACGUCGCCUCGAUCCAAUUCAAUACAUGAUAUGGUGAUGGCAGGACGAACAGAAUCAUCAGCUGGACAACCAGCAGACGAGUCAUUCGCAACGCAACCGAAACCGCUCAGCUCUGGGUUGCUAGAACGCAUUGAGCAGAUACGAAGCAGUCAGGCUGCUGGAGAGCUCGAAGCUCAGGAGUCUAAGAUCCCGCGGUUAGCAGACCUUCGUAAGGCAGAAAUCUCGAGGACUACUCCACAGGUGCCACCACUUCUCAGAGCCAAAUCGCAGCCAUCUCAUGUGCCUCGCCUCAAUGAUGAUUACAAUCAGAACAAUAAUGCCGACGAGCCUGCAAAGAGCAUCCAGGCUCCAGAAUCUUCGUCACAGAACGAGAAGCGCCCGGGAGAUCGGCUCCAUCUUGGCCGCCUGGCCAUGAAGGUCGGAAAAGUAGCACCUUCAUUGAUUCCACGAUCAAUUCCAUUCAACAACGCGUCGCAUGUAUCUGCGCUGGCCAAGCAUUUCGAACAAAUGUCGCGCGAGUUCGAAAAGGAAAGAUUGAGAGAGAAAAGACAAAGAGCACUGCGAAGUAGGCAAGCUCGAGCAAACCCACUUGCGAGCAGUCAGCCAGUCGUCGAAGUUUAUCAAAAUGCUACAGAUGCAGUCGGAGAGAAGAGUAGCGCAAAUGAGCCAGUUGUAUCACGUGAGGAUUUUGCAGAAAACUCGCACGUCCGUGAGCCGACAAACGAAAGCGCCCCAACCGAAGUACUUGAUGAUGCACGAUCGUCUGCCGACCUGAGUAUCGCAGAUGAGUCUGUCACUUCGGAAGCGCCCACCAAGGUCAAUUCGAUUGAGACCGGUACUACAGACGAAGCGAGUGACAGCGAGCAGAGAUCACAUCAUCGCAAGGGCUCGGAUCCGUAUUCCGGUCGCUCGCCUUCGACCAUCCGAUCACCGCCCUCAGCAGCAGAUACGACGGAGAGCAUAGCUGAGUCGGGUUCUGAGCUGACGAUCCCCGACCACAAGAAACACGCUUGGCUGAAGUACCUAGCCGAGUUUUGGUCCAAGCGGACGGCAUCGGGUUGGGCGAAUUUGGAAUACCCGUUGCACGGUAACGAACAUGUGUUUGAAGAUUCUGACAUCAUCGUCCGCGAAGAUGAACCUUCAUCCGUGAUUGCCCUUGCUUUGGCAUGCCCGGAUUAUCGGAACAAGCUUGCUGAAUCACGAACGCAACCCAAGAAACAGCCACGAAAUGCUUUCCGAGCUCCGGCGACAGAGCUGAAUGAGCCCGACGGUGAAGGCGACAAAGCUGGUAUCGAGGCUUCGCUGCUGAGCGAAUCGGGAACCCAUCUCAAGUAUUCGUUCUCGCACGGCACGUUUAAAUCCUCUUGUAAGAUUUUCUACGCAGAGUCAUUCGAUGCGCUCCGACGCAAGUGUGGUGUCUCGGAACGUUUCAUUGAGUCUAUGUCACGUUGCCUCAAAUUCGACUCCAAGGGCGGCAAAUCCAAGUCUCUUUUCCUACGGACCCUCGACGGGCGCUUUGUGAUCAAAAGCUUGCAAGAAGUCGAACUGAAGGCGUUCCUCAAGUUCGCGCCCGAUUACUUUGCAUUUAUGAGCUACACGCUCUUCCACGGCGUCCCCAGCGUGAUCGCCAAAAUGUUCGGCCUCUUCCAGGUGAACAUUCGUAAUCCCGCUACCGGAAUCGAAUUCUCCUACAAUCUCCUCAUCAUGGAGAAUCUCUUCUACGAACGCAACCCCAAUCGCCGCUUCGACCUCAAGGGCAGCAUGCGCAAUCGCAAAAUCGAGAGCACCGGCGAAGCCGACGAAGUGCUCCUCGACGAAAACUUGGUUGAAACCAUCUUCGAGUCCCCGCUUUUUGUCCGCGAGAAUUCGCGAAAAUACCUCCAAGCCAGCGUCUUCAACGACACGCUCUGGUUGUGCAAACAGAACGUCAUGGACUACAGCUUGAUGGCCGGGUUCGAUGACGGCGCGAAAGAGCUGGUCGUGGGCAUCAUCGAUUGCAUCCGCACGUACACGUGGGACAAGAAACUUGAGAGUUGGAUCAAGGACCGUGGGAAGAACAAGCCGACCAUCACGAGUCCUAAGGAUUACCGGAAUCGCUUCCGCGUCAGUAUGAUGCAGUAUGUCUUGCAGGCGCCGACGUGUUGGCAUCAGUUCCAGGUGAACAUGGCCCCGCCGAAGACGUUGAAGGAGAGGGAGGAGAAGGUGCAGCAGGAUGAGAAUGAGGAUACGGAGGUCGAUCGGGGGUCUUAG